UUGGUUCUUUGUCCUCCUUUGUAGCUCAUACACUUCUGUUUGAUUCACAAAAAAAAAAAAAAAAAAAAAAAUCUCUGAUUAGGUUAGGCUUUAGAGUCCUAACGUUCGUCUGUUUACUGUUUAGUUUCAGUAUUGGUACGGUACACACAAGUAAAUAAAGAACAGUGGGAGUUAUAGAAAUUGAGUUUGCUUUCAGGUCUUCUCUGUAGAAUAGAUAUGCCAAGGAAAAACCAUUCUCUAGUACUCAACGAUUGUUAGGGUAUUCUGAAUCUUAAUGAUCCUGUUUCAUUGUUUUACUCUCUCUGGUUAAAGCCAAGUUUAAAGUUAUGGCACUAGUGAAAGAGGACUGCUGUGAGGAGUCGCAUAAGUAUAUGGGUUUUGCUCUGCACCAGGCUAAGCUUGCUCUAGAAGCUCUUGAAGUUCCCGUGGGAUGUGUCAUUCUUGAGGAGGGUAACAUCAUCGCUUCAGGGCGAAACCGAACUAAUGAGACACGCAAUGCCACAAGACAUGCAGAGAUGGAAGCAAUCGAUGAACUUAUUGGACAAUGGCGGAAAGAUAGACUCUCACCUUCACAAGUCGCUGAGAAAUUCUCGAAGUGCGUUCUUUACGUAACAUGUGAACCUUGCAUAAUGUGUGCAUCUGCCUUAUCGUUUCUCGGUAUAAAGGAAGUGUAUUAUGGAUGCGGAAAUGAUAAAUUUGGGGGUUGUGGUUCCAUAUUGUCACUUCACAUAGGGAGUUCUCAGACUGAACAAGGUCAAGGAAAAAAAGGGUACAAGUGCAGAGGAGGAAUAAUGGCAGAGGAAGCUGUCUCUCUUUUCAAAUGUUUCUAUGAGCAAGGCAAUCCCAACGCCCCAAAGCCACACCGUCCUGUAGUUCAAAGAGAGAUGGCUUAGAGGCGAACAUGUUGCGAAAAUUGGUGUUUUUAACUAGGAUAUGAAGAAGUUGAGGUAGAGUUUGUCGAAUGAUGAUUCUACAUAUGGAACGUUAUCAGUUAUAUCCAAUACAUAUGUAUAACCUCUUAAGUUGGAUAUUUCAGUUUUGAGCUAUUUAAGGAAUUAGCUGCUGUUUGUAACUUUU